AAACAUAUAAUAAAUUAUAUAUAUUAUGAUUUGGUUAAUUAUUUACCCAACAAAACAGCUGGUCGUUUUCCAUAAUACAACUACACAUAUUUCCAAUAUUUCUUUGGCUAUGUAUAUUCUACCAUAAUUUUUAUAUGGUACAUAAUACAUCCAUGGACAGUCUUAUUCCUUACUGAUCCCUUCUUCAUAAACAAUGAAAUAUUCUGGGAUAAAAGGAAUAAAAAAUUGGAAGCCUUACGAUAAUGUUUUUGGUCUAACAUCUGAAAUUCUAGAUGAUUUAAAUAAUUCUAUUAAUUCGGGUAAAAUCCCCUCAAAUCUUGCCUCCAAAUCCAUUAUUGAUGGAUUCAUUAAUGCCUUAUCUGGUCUUCAGGGCCCUUUAAACUUAAAGUUGUUUAAAGGUAACUCAGUUCCUCCAGAUUUAUUUAACGAGUUUUUCUCCUUAACACGAUCAAACAUGAAAUCUCUAUACAAUAUUAGUAAAUUUAACGGCGGAUGGAACGACAAGAAAAAAUCUUCCGAGAUGAAAUACUACAGAACUCACAUAAUCGCACUUUAUAGCAAUGACUACCUCAUUGGGUUUACGAGUUAUAGGUUUGUAGUAAUGCGUGAGAACCAGGAUCCGGCUCCUGUUUUGUACAUUUAUGAACUCCAAAUUAAGGAUUCCUAUAGGUCUCGUGGUUUGGGCAGAUUUUUUAUUUUCGUUUUAGAAUUAGUUGCAAGGUCUGUUUGCUGUAAAAAGCUCAUGUGUACUGUAUUAACUGCAAACGACCGUGCCGUCUCCUUUUAUUCUGAGAAAUGCAGAUUCGUGGCCGACGAAAGUGACCCGAAUAAUAAGUACAGAGUAUUAAAACUUGAGCUUUAA